UUUUUAAUCUAAUUUCGUAAAUUAAUACUGUCGUUGAGAUUGUACGUAUAUAAAUUAUUUAAGUUCUUAUCACACAAAAUAUUGCUUAAUUCUAUAACACAAAAAUUUUGAAUUUCGGUGGUGAAAUAAACGAUGUACCUGUACUUAAUCGCAGUAUUAAUUUGACACUUGAGAAAUACGAAAUGUCACCACAUUCUCAUUUAUCAAGAGUAAUGUUUUCGCUCGGUUAAAUCUACUUUUCUUACGAUGGAAUCAACUAGCCCAGACGCUGAAAGUGGCGAUAAAUGCGCUAUUAAUGGAGACUGUUCGCCAAUAUCGAAUAAAGACUCAAACGGCUUAAAUCACGCAAAAAAUAUUGAUGACAUCUCUACGCCUUCUGAAUUAAAAUUCGAUGAAGACUUUGAGUUCGAGGACCCUGAUAUAACAGAAAAACGAAAAGAAAUCGAAAAAUGUCUAUCAAACCCAGACGUAGUAAACUUGGAACAGUGGGUACACUUUGCUAAAAGUAAAGCAGGACUUAUAUCUGACGAAUACAGAAGAAAAAUAUGGCCCCUUCUAGUGGGCGUCACACAAGAAGAGAUGACCGAGCCACCAUCACUCGAUGAACUUUCUACGCAUUCUGAAUAUAAUCAGGUGGUGCUAGAUGUGAACAGGUCACUGAAGAGGUUCCCCCCCGGCAUUCCAUACGAGCAGAGAGUUGCACUCCAGGAUCAGCUGACUGUACUCAUCCUGCGAGUUAUCAUCAAAUACCCACAUUUGAAGUACUAUCAAGGCUAUCAUGAUGUAGCAAUUACAUUAUUGCUGGUCUGCGGCGACAAAGCGUCCUUUCCCUUGCUUUGUCGACUGUCGUACGGACCGAACGCCCCGCUGGCGCCUUUCAUGCAGGCGACGAUGCAACCCACACAGCACCUGCUCAACUUCAUGCUGCCUAUCAUUCGUAGGGGAGACGACAGGCUAGCCGAAUGUUUGGACAAAUCGGGCGUGGGCACGAUGUUCGCGCUGCCGUGGUACCUGACGUGGUUCGGCCACAGCCUGAACCGCUACGCGGACGUGGUCCGCCUGUACGACUACUUCCUGUGCGCGCCGCCGCUGUUCCCCGUGUACGUGACCGCGGCGCUCGUGCUGCAGCGCGCGCCCGACGUGCUGGCCUGCGACGCGGACAUGGCCAUGAUGCACUGCCUGCUGUCCCGGUUACCAGAUGACUUACCAUUUGAAGACAUCUUGGUGACAGCGAAAAAACUGUACGAAGAAAACGAUCCACUGGACUUAGAGGGAGAGGUCGCUACCUUAGAGAAGAAAGAGGAGGAGCAGCGGCGCCUGGACGAGGAGCGCAUGCGGCGGCGCGCGGCGGGGCGCGCGCGGCCAGUGUCGCGCGGCUGGCGCUCGCUGCCGGCCGCGCUGCGCCGCCCCGGCCCGCGCCGCGCCGCGCUCGCGCUGGCCGCCGCGCUGCUCGCCGUCUACGUGUACUACCGCCCCGACCUCUUCAGGGAACAAGACGAGGACUUGUGACGUAGGUGACAAUAAAACUCCUUGGUUAUAAUCCC